CAAGCUAUAUAUAAAGACCACUUUCAAUUCCCCAAAACUUUAAGAAGCAAUAACCAAACAAAGCAAAGCAAAGCAGAGAGAGGAAAUUUUGAUUUAAAGCUUUUGUCAAAGAAUAAAAAAAUGUCUGCAAAUGAGUUACCUGCUUCAGCUCAAUCCUUCCAAGAACAAUUACUUGGCGGUUACGUCUCUAGAAAGCUUCUUCUGCCCAACCCAUUUGACCACAACUCUCAACGAUACUUGGCAGUUGCACCAUCUCCUCUCAUAACUCAUGAAAACAAUCUAAAAGGCAAUGUUCUGAUGCUUCUCUCAGUCCUCAUCUGUGGCAUUAUAUGUUGCCUUGGGUUACAUUACAUCAUUCGUUGUGCAUUCAGACGUUCUUCAAGUUUCAUGAUCUCUGAGCCUAUAUCUAGUCUAUCAACACCACGAGGCUCAUCAAACAAAGGAAUCAAGAAGAAAGCUCUUAAAAUGUUUCCAGUUGUGAGUUACGCACCUGAGAUGAACCUGCCGGGGGUUGGCGAAGAGUGUGUCAUUUGUUUGUCGGAUUUUAUUUUCGGUGAACAACUCAGGCUGCUCCCCAAGUGCAACCACGGGUUCCAUAUUCGUUGCAUAGACAAGUGGCUUCAACAUCAUUUGACUUGCCCCAAAUGCAGACACUGCCUGGAUGAGACAUGCCAAAAGAUGUUAGGUGACUUCAGCCAAGCUGAUUCAGUUGCGACAGCACCCACAGAGAGUGUAAUUGUCAGGAUUGCUCCUCUAGAACCUGAAAGUAGAGUAAACCCUUUUAGAGAAAGCAGCUAGAUUGUAAGAAAGGUAGAAAACAUCAUCAAUUUAGAAUUUGUCAGCAGUUAGAUAGGAGAUAUUAUAAUCUUGAGCAAUAUUCAUGUCUUUAGCCAUAGAAGGGGUUUCUAAAAAGAGAAAAAAAACAUAGGACACUUCUAAAAUUUUGAUGUCCUUUUUUCCUGUAGCACAAAGUGUAUACAGACACAGAGAGAAUAUAUGAUAUAUCUCACUUUCAAUAGCAUCUCACGAGUUCAACAAAGUUCUUUUGGCGAAGUUAUCUUUUACGGUAGAAUGUAUAUUAUGAAGUCUUAUCCAAAAACAUUAAGAAUCAUAUACAACCAAAGCUUGAUAAG